AGAGACUAGUUUCUAGUGCGGACGUAUCUAGUCGCAUGACGCAUCGAGUCUAUAUAGACACCACUGCCAGCACGGUCUGCCGCAGUUUCAUCCGGACUAGAGGAAGAGGAAACGUUGAGAUCUUAAUUCAACUUUUAGUCGACCAAAAAUAAAUAGCUCGUCUUUCGAUACAUAACCAUGCAGAUCUUCGUCAAGACUCUCACUGGCAAGACCAUUACCCUUGAGGUUGAGCCAAGCGACACCAUUGAAAAUGUCAAGGCUAAGAUCCAGGACAAAGAAGGCAUUCCCCCAGACCAGCAGAGGCUGAUCUUUGCUGGCAAGCAGCUGGAAGAUGGCCGCACCCUGUCCGAUUACAAUAUCCAGAAGGAGUCCACCCUCCACCUGGUGCUGCGUCUGAGGGGCGGCAUGCAGAUCUUUGUGAAGACUCUGACUGGCAAGACAAUCACCCUCGAGGUUGAGCCAAGUGACACCAUUGAAAAUGUCAAGGCUAAGAUCCAGGACAAAGAAGGCAUUCCCCCAGACCAGCAGAGGCUGAUCUUUGCUGGCAAGCAGCUGGAAGAUGGCCGCACCCUGUCCGAUUACAAUAUCCAGAAGGAGUCCACCCUCCACCUGGUGCUGCGUCUGAGGGGCGGCAUGCAGAUCUUCGUGAAGACUCUGACUGGCAAGACCAUCACCCUCGAGGUUGAGCCAAGCGACACCAUUGAAAAUGUCAAGGCUAAGAUCCAGGACAAAGAAGGCAUUCCCCCAGAUCAGCAGAGGCUGAUCUUUGCUGGCAAGCAGCUGGAAGAUGGCCGCACCCUGUCUGAUUACAAUAUCCAGAAGGAGUCCACCCUCCACCUGGUGCUGCGUCUGAGGGGCGGCAUGCAGAUCUUCGUGAAGACUCUGACUGGCAAGACCAUCACCCUCGAGGUUGAGCCAAGCGACACCAUUGAAAAUGUCAAGGCUAAGAUCCAGGACAAAGAAGGCAUUCCCCCAGACCAGCAGCGGCUCAUCUUUGCGGGCAAGCAGCUGGAGGACGGGCGGACGCUGUCUGACUACAACAUCCAGAAGGAGUCGACGCUGCACCUGGUGUUGCGGCUGCGCGGUGGGAUGCAGAUUUUCGUGAAGACCCUCACGGGCAAGACCAUCACCCUCGAGGUUGAGCCAAGCGACACCAUUGAAAAUGUCAAGGCUAAGAUCCAGGACAAAGAAGGCAUUCCCCCAGACCAGCAGAGGCUGAUCUUUGCUGGCAAGCAGCUGGAAGAUGGUCGCACCCUGUCCGACUACAACAUCCAGAAGGAGUCCACCCUCCACCUGGUGCUGCGUCUGAGGGGCGGCAUGCAGAUCUUCGUGAAAACUCUGACUGGCAAGACCAUCACCCUCGAGGUUGAGCCAAGUGACACCAUUGAAAAUGUCAAGGCAAAGAUCCAAGACAAAGAAGGCAUUCCCCCAGACCAGCAGAGGCUGAUCUUUGCUGGCAAGCAGCUGGAAGAUGGCCGCACCCUGUCCGACUACAACAUCCAGAAGGAGUCCACCCUCCACCUGGUGCUGCGCCUGAGGGGCGGCAUGCAGAUCUUCGUGAAGACUCUGACUGGCAAGACCAUCACCCUCGAGGUUGAGCCAAGUGACACCAUUGAAAAUGUCAAGGCAAAGAUCCAAGACAAAGAAGGCAUUCCCCCAGACCAGCAGAGGCUGAUCUUUGCUGGCAAGCAGCUGGAAGAUGGUCGCACCCUGUCCGACUACAACAUCCAGAAGGAGUCCACCCUCCACCUGGUGCUGCGCCUGAGGGGCGGACAGUAAAAAGCCUGAUGUCAUAGGUUUCAUGUUAUUGCAGUUUCAAGGUCCUGCAAGCUCAUUACCAGUCAUAUUCACACAUUUAAGCUGUUAAAUUUAAAAAUAAAGCAUAGAAAUUUUAAGCAUUAAAA